AUGGACUCUGUCGUGUAUCCAGAGGGCAAAGAGGAAGAGCUACGCACGCUUUCUGCCUGCCUCAGUCUGUUGGCAACUACCGCUCUCAGCUAUUGCUUCGCUCAGAGAGCGUACAACCUCGACUGGUCGUGGCGUGGACUCGCUUCUAUCAAUGUCACCAAAGCUCUUCUUUUGAUCAUCUUCAUCGACUCAUGGGCCUUUGUAUUCUUGUCCGGCUUGCUCGUCAACGGUGUCGGCCUUUCCCUCAAUGCGUCGACAUGUUCCAUGGGCAUCUUUGCCUGUAUUAUCUUUUACUGUGUCUCCAAGCUGCUCACCUAUGUCUUUCUCCUGGAAAAAGUGUACAUUGUCUGGCCAAACAACGGAACAAGAUGGUCCUCGUGGGCCUACCGAGUGGGUUUCGUCGCCGUACUCGGUUUCGCCGUCGUCCUGGCCACAAUGAUUUACGGGCGAAUUGCGUACAUUCGUGACGAUAACCAGUGCAUUAUCGGUCUGCAAAAGGCCGCGUCCAUGACUACACUCUUUGUCGAUCUCGGCGUCAAUGUCCUUCUCACCUCUCUGUUCAUCUGGCCCCUGUGGCGUUCAAACUUUUUAUCGGCAAACCUUCGACGAGUCGCAUCGCGGACGCUAGCUGCAUCCUUUGCGGCCCUUGCCAUUUCUGCGGCAAAUAUGGGAGUGCUUACGGCGCUACACGGCAAACAGUUAGGGUUCAUAUGCCUGGCAUCUUGCUCAACAGACGUCGUCAUCAACGCUCUCGUUCUCUUUUGGCUCACCAAGCCUGGCUCCUCACCCGACGAACCUACGUCCCAUGGUGGUCAACACGGUGUCCAUGGUCCUGGCCACCGAAGCGUCGAGCACGGCAAGAGUAACAAUAACAAUCUGAUCCACAUGCAACGAGUGAGCGCCGCACCAGGUGCACUCACCAGUUUCAACGCAACAACGAGUAGCACUGGUGGUGGUGGAAGUGGACCUUCUCGGCCCUCGUUUGUCGUCAAGGCCGGUGGAGCAGACAUGACCGACCCGAAUGGCGCACGCUCGCCGAUGAAAGUAAACUUUGGAGAGGCAUACUCGGGCGUGUACGAUGGCUCACGUCCAUACGUUCGCUCGGACAAUGCCAAUCUCGGAAAACACAACGACGAUGGUAUGGUCAGUCCGCCACUCACACCCACUUCAAGCGCGGCGAUGAUGUACGGGAAUCGACCUCAGACGGCUUCAAAAGACCAACGUCGCCAUUCGUCCUCGGUCGUCUAUGAAAACACCGUUAGCGUCGAGGGGAACGGACGCCCGGGCUUCUUUAGCCGUUUCAUGGGCCGCUCUCCCACGCCCAUUGGCCGUUCGCAGCACGCGAGCACAGGUAGCGUCCAGUUUACGUCGUUUCCUGGUCUCCGAAAGGGUAAAAAGAGGACUGGGAGCGAGGAGGAUAUUGGCGUGCGGGUGACGAUUACGACUCACUUUGAGAAUGAUGGGGAGAUCGACGCAGAGGUCGCUGCUCGCAACGAAACAACGUCGACGAUUGCCAUGGACCCAGAACUGAAGAAGAAUUCUUCGCCCGUCUAG